UGCUAUUGAUUUCUCCCGACGAGUCGCUAACAGCAUUGUCUCAGCCCGAUUUAACGCUCGCCGUCUCUUUUGCUUCACAACGAUCUCUUUCCUCCGUCGCCACCGCAAUUGCCUGUCUCAGAUCCACUCGCUCCCCCUGCCGAUUCGAAGGACUCGAGCCUCUUCUUCCCCCAACCGAUCGAUGGGCGUGGCGAGUUCCUUGGUACUCCCCUGUGCUCCAUUCUUUCCCGCUGGGGUCAUCUGUUAGGUUAUCAAGCAUGCUCCUGCUGAGAUUUCGGAGGCGCUUUGGGAGUUUUUAACAUAUCUGGUGAUUGAGUUUGACUUGGACAACUCAACUGGUAAUGCACAAGAUUGUAGGAUAAACGAGGCUAAAACGGGCUUUUAUUUUAUAUCUGCGUUGUAGGAGACAAUGAAAUCAAGAUCUGGAACCAUCUUCACGAAACCUGCAUCUCCACUUGGGUUCCUUCUCCAGCUCCUUGCCGGAUCGCCUGUCAAUCUUAGUCACAAGCUCUGCAAACAUUGAAAAAGGAGUGCAACACGAGGACUUCCCAGGGGGUCACCCAUCCUAGUAAAGUUCUGCUUUGGUACACCAUUUUCUGCUUAACGACAGAAAACUUAGAAACUGAUUUGGAGCCUUUGCUUCGUUUUCUUUUCUGUUGAAUUAUCUUUUGGCAGUCAACAAUGGCCAAAGAUUUGAUAUCUGCUGAAGUUUUGAAGGCAGUGUUCACUCUGCUUGAUGGUGAAGAUCUAGUUUCAUGCAUGCUUGUAAGUCGUCAGUGGAGAGACACUGCCAGGGAUGACUACUUCUGGAAGUGCAUCUGCACCAAGAAGUGGCCUUCCAUUUGCAAAAGACCUCCUCCAGCCAUAAGUUACCACAAGCUCUUUUUGACUUUUUCUAGAUCCCAACCCCCUCAGCCCCUUCCUCCAUCAAGGCUUUCCUUCAACAAUUUGGAAUUCUUUAUUGACCUUUGGUCUGAACAGACUCUGAUAUUUUCUGAAGCUGUCUCAGGCACUGUGCUCCGGAGAGGGUUAAAGAAUCUACCUCCAGGAAUACCUGAUGCACUCAAGAUUCAUCUGGACAGUACAGAUUACAAGAUGAUAAUGCAAGUUGAGCCAAGAUUUUCUUUUCCACUUGGGCAGACGAUCAUUGUGUCUGUUCUUGUGAGUCGCAAAGACACAAAUCAGAUAGCACGGAUUGUAAAUCAAUCCCUCUUUGGAUAUGUUGAUGGUAAUGCAUUUCGUGCACUGGCUUACGACUACCUAAUCUUUGCACCAGGACAUCCAUUCAUAUCUGGAAUCAGGGCUUGGGUUUCCUUGUUAUUCAUGGCGAACACCGCUCACAGUAUCACCGAUGUCUUUGGCAUUGAGAUAGACUUCUGUGAUGCUGCAAACUCUGAGAAUGAAGUCCUGUGGCUUCUGGACAUGCUUGAUUGGAAAUACAUCUGAGCUACAUUUGCUGUUGAAUGUAAAAAAGUAUAAGCGUCAAAUCAAAUUGUGGAAUGUAAAUGAGAGAUGAUACUCAAUAUUUUGGAACUUGAGUUAAAAUAAACUAGAGGCAGAGUAUUGUCUACA